AUGAACAGGAGGACGUGUGAGAUGAAUAGAGGUACGUACCAGCCGAGGUCGGGAACUUUCGGGGCGGUGGUCCGUCGACAUCAGUUCGACCCCCAAUCCCCCAUCCCCCCAAUUCCCCCAACCAUCGGCUACUCCACAUUUUACGCCUCGGCGGCCGGCUCCCGCUGUCGCUUUAGCAAAAGAUGGCUUAGCGCAUCCCCCCAUCCCUCAUUUCCUCCAGCGUUCCAGAAGCCAGAUCUCGUCGGGACGAGGCCUUUCCUUUGCACGAGCCUCGCAACCCAUGAUGAUGAUUGGCGUGAGUCUGGCACUUUGGAGGCCUUUGUCCCGGGUUGGGGUCUCCCGGAGCGGCGGGACUCACCCGCGGGAGAGAAGGGGGAGAGGAUUGGUACCUUUCAAGUUUCAUCUUUUUUCACUGGAGAGGUAUCCGUACAACCGUACAUCCAUUCAUGCAAUAUGUUUGCCCCUGAAGCCGGUAUCCGGGCUUGGUCCAGAUUCGACGAUCGACAAGAGGCAUAA